CUUCUUUCUAUGGAGCAGUGAAUUCCUUGCUAUUCCCCCCAAAAGUUGUUCUCUCUUGGUACCUUCACCACCACCAUUUGCUAUCUUCCUUCUCCCCCUCCACUGUUCGACUCUUGCUUCAAAACAGCUCCUGGAGGCGUACAUUGCUCGUUUGUCACCAAACACCACCUCGGUGUUGUUGUUGCGUACAUAGCUUCUCAUCCUUUUCACUCGUUCUCAUCCACCUCCCUCCAUCGAAUCUCCAAAGUCUCCCUCCUCACGCAGUCUCCUACUUGCGUCUUGACCGCCCCUCCAUUGACUUCCUCUGAAGCUUCACGCAAUGGCUCCUCCAUCUCCCCCCAAUGCCUCGCUUGGCGAACGGGUAACUCGACUCGCCACGACCCUGCAAUUUGCCUGGUUCCUCGGUCACUUCACCCUCUUACUCUCCGUCUUCCGUUACGGCCUCUCCUACUUCACGUUCAACUACAACUCUAAAUGGGCAGCUUUCACCUACAGACUCGCCUUUGUCUCGGCCGUCGCAACAUACGGGAUCGUGGUCUUCAAGGCCUAUCGUGCCCGUGUGAAGCCAGGUGACCCCGUCGGCCGUACCGCGAUUCUCUUGCUCUCUGAUGAGAACGUUCAAUACUUGCUCAUCAGUUUGGUUUGGCUCUACUCGAGGCAGAUCCCUCUAGCACUGUUGCCCUUCUCCGUCUACUCGGUCUUCCAUGUCGCAACUUAUACCCGUACCAACAUUAUCCCCACCAUUUCUCCUCCAAAGGUGGCGCCAGGUAGUACUCCAACCUCCCCCGGAGCGUCCAAGUCGCAAUCCCCUCUUGCGACCGCCAUUGGAAGAUUUGUCAAGGAAUACUACGACAGCUCGAUGAUGUUGGUGGCUGCCUUGGAAAUCCUCUUAUGGUUCCGUCUGGUCCUUUCAGCCUUGACCUUUAGCAAAGGUUCGUGGGUUCUGUUAGGCAUCUACACCGUUUUCCUGAGGGCGAGAUUCCACCAGAGUUCAUUCAUUCAAGGUGCCUUUUCGCAAGGGUCUGCCCACAUUGAUCAACAAGUCCAGAACCCCAACGUUCCACCCGCUGCCAGACAAGCUUGGGAAACCAUCAAGGGACUUGGUCGACAGGUGGUUGACGCCACAGACGUCCGAAAGUACAUUGGUGGAGCUGCUGCUCAAAAGAAGCCUCAGUGAGGACACCACAAGGUUAUUAGCAAGGGCGAAACAGAAUGGUCGGCUAGACCAUUUGGGUGGUCAGCCACGGCUCUUGUCAUCAAUAACACUGAAGCUAAGGACAGGACGAUAACGUUCUGAAAGUCGAUUGCUGGCAGAUGGAAGCAGGAGAGAGCUGUUGAGGACUGGUGAAAAAGAAAACAAGUUGGGAACGAAUGAAUGUGGAAAACCGAUUGAGAGCUGUUGAAAUUUCUUGUGUUGCGCGCGUCUCGACAAAAUCUUGUCAAUGGCCACGAGACUUUUGGUCGGAUGACGUCUCAAAGAGCUUUGUCGCAAAAGGGUCGUCAUAUCAUGUCGAUCCUCCAAAGGGCUGAAUGGGAGAGCGCGCUGCGUUUUGUAUGUGUGCGUAUUAAGGCGAGACAGGUGGAAAUGAUUGAGCAUUGCUUAGGCGCCUGGAUUCAAACGCUCUACUUCGAGGUUGCUUAGGUCAGAUACACAUAGGUAUGUAUGUUUGGAUUACUGGCAGCUUGAGAGGCAUGUUUUGCUCGGCUUGGGUCAUCAAGUAACAGUAGCUUGGGCAUGAGUAACUUGACAGAGGGGAUGAAAAUAGGGAUGAGUUAGUAUUACAGAUGAGUAUUUGCUAGUGUUGGUCGUAUCUUUUCAUCAUACG